AUGACUCACCAAGUCGCGCGGUGCAGGCCAGCGCCGCACGCUUUGGCUCACGACUCGCUGUCGUCAUCGAAGGCGCUCGCCAACGUCCGCUCUCUAAAGGCCCCCGCGCCCGCCUUGCUCCUCACCUCCCGCCGCUCCUCAUGCCGGCUAGCUGUCCGAGCGGUCCUGGACAAGUCGUCCAGCCGCAACAGCAACAGCAGAAGCGGCAGCAGCGGUCAAGGGGACGGGCAUGGCGGCGGGAAGCUCAGCAGCGACCCGCUGGAGCUGGCGCGGUCGGCGCUGGAGCGGCUGUUCCAGCAGGCGCACGAGCACGAGGAGAAGCAGCGGCUGCUGGGCCCCUCCGCGGCGCCGGCGGACCUGACGGGCGCGUCGGUGGCGUUCCUCGAGGACGCCGUGCAGCAGCUGGAGGUCGACCUCUCCGCCGUCUUCGAGGCGCUCCGCGAGAAGGAGGGCGAGCUCGCGCUCGACGAGCGCCGCGUCGCGGACGAGCGCGCGAGCCUGGUGGCUGCGCGGGAGGCGCUGAUGGCGCGCGAGGCGCAGCUGGAGGAGCGGCAGGCGGCGCAGGGGGCGAUGCGGGAUGAAGCGGAGCGGCUGCGGCGGAAGGUGCGGGAACAGGACGCGGAGGUGGAGGAGGUAAAGCGCGCGGUUGCGGAACGCGAGGCGGAACUUACGCGUGCGAAGGAGGUGCUUGCGCUGAAGGAGGAAGAGAUUGCGCGCGCGCACCUCGCCAUCCGCCAGCGCAACGAGCGCAUCGAGGCGGCGGAGAUGGACGCCAAGACGCGCGAGACGCAGCUGUCGGCGGCGGAGGCGGAGCUGCGCCGGCUGGAGGCGGACGUGGCGGCGGCGGAGGGCGAGGGAAGGCGGGCGGCACAGGAGGCGGAGGCGGCGCGGAGGGAGCUUGAGCGGCAGGAGGCGAAGCUGCAGGAGAUGUCGGCGGAGCUUGAGGGGCGCGCGAAGGUAGUGGCGGCGGCGGAGGAGGAAAUCAACGCGCUGUCCGCGCGGCUUCGCGAGGCGGGAGCGAGCGGGGAGUUGGUGGAGCAGGAGGUGUCGGGCGCGCGGCGGGUGGUGGGCGACCUCAAGGCGGAGAUGGCGCUGUCGGGCGGCGCAGCGGAGGCGUUCCGCGCGCAGGUCAAGGAGCUGCGGAUGGCCGUCGCGCGCAAGGGGCGCGAGGCGUCUUCCGCGCGCAUGCAGGCGCAGAAGCGCGAGAAGGAGCUGAACCGCGCCAAGGGAGAGCUGGAGCGCGACCGGGCGGCGCUGAAGGCGGCCAAGGCGCGCGUGGCGGAGCUGGAGAAGCAGGUGCGCGCGCAGGUGGACGAGGCGGAGAGGCUGCGGACUUCCGUGAACGCGGAGCGCGCGGAGAUGCGCAACGCGAGCACCGAGCUGGCGCAGCUGCGGAAGGAGUUCCGCCGAGUGGACGGCGAGCUGCGCGAGGCGAAGCUGGCGCUGAACCUCAAGGAGGCGGAGAUCGUCAGCCUGCGACUGCAGCUGCGCGACGCGCAGGCGAAGCUCGCGACGUCGCAGGCCGACCUGGCGACGCGCACGGCGGACCUGAUGGCGGCGCAGCGGUCGAUGGUGGAGAUGCGGCGCGAGAUGAAGGCGGUGGCCAUGGAGCUGCGCGUGAAGGAGGAGCGCCUGGCGGGCAUGGCGGCGGACAUGGCGCGCAAGGACGCGCGCCUGGCGCAGGUGGAGCAGCAGCUCGACGGCAGCAACGCGCGACUCGUCGUCGCCGAGUCGACGGUCCAGCAGAUCGCACAGCUGUCGCAGAAGCUCGCAGACUCCGCGCUCGAAGCCGCCGAGCGACUGGGCCUCGGCCCGUCGGUGUCGCUCGACGCGGCGCCGCUGUCCGCCGGGGCGGCCAAGGGGAGGCGGUACCUGAGCGCGCACGGCGGGGUGGGGGAGAGCGCGCUGCUGGCGGAGACGAACCAGCAGCUGUUCGCCACGAGCCGCGCGCUGCUGGAGCGCGACGCGGCGCUGCACCGCCUGCAGGUGUCGGCGCGCGAGGGGCGCGAGGCGGAGGUGCGGCUGCGCGGGGAGCUGGCGGUGGCGCAGGAGGAGCUGCGCGCGCGCGAGGGGGAGGUGGCGGACGUGCGCGCCGUGCUGCAGGAGCGCGACGAGGAGGUGCGGCGGCUGCGCGCGCGGUGGGGGCAGCGCGAGGGCGAGCUGAGCGCCAUCCGCGAGGAGGUGGUGGCGGGCGCGCGGGAGAUCGGCGAGCUGAAGCGCGCCAUCACGGGCGCGGGCAGAGCGGGCGAGGGGGAGGGGGAGGGGGAGGGCGUGCAGUUGGCGGACGAAGUUGUGAAGCUGGAACUCGAGGAUUUGAGAGAUGGUGAUGAGUAUGGACAUGGCAUGUGGGGAGUAAGCGAUUGUUGGGUGCUGGGUGGCAUCAUGCUUGCAUCAGGGGGAUUGUGUGUGGCUGGAUGCUGUUUGUUCCUGGUGGGGAAGUCUCCACCAGGCACUCACUAUCAGAUGCCGCUGCAUCACCACUCGUUCGUCUGCUCAUUGACCUUAGCACCGCCACCAUUCUCACCUCCCUCACCCUCCUCUCUCCCCCCCCUCCAGGUGGCCAAGGCGGAGGCGGAAACAGCCAUGACGGCGCUGCAGGGGCUGCUGGACCUAAGCUGCCAGCUACGGGACGACUGUGCCGCCCACCCCCUCGCAGCCUCACACCCGCGCCAGCCUGCUGUGCCGGCUGCUGCUGCUGAGAUGCUGGCACGGGGCAGUGGAGCCAGCAGAGGGGCGAGCGGGCAGGUACAGGAGGCGGGGGCGGUGCAGCAGCGGACGGGGCAGCGGGAGGAGGCGCUGGGGCUGGCUGCGAGGGCCAUGGGGGGGCUCAAGCGGCUCACUCGCAAGCUGGUGGCGGAUGCUGAGAGUGAGCUGGCUGGUGUGAUGGGCAGCAGUGUUGCUUGA